AUGGCUCCAGCCUCAGACUCAAUGAACGAUGGCUCUGACUACGCAACUCCCACCACUACCAAGACCUUCUCUUAUCCCCUGCCCCCCGCUUCAAACACAUCAACUAAAGAGAAGACAUAUUACCUAUCGGAGCUACGAAAAUCCGUCGUGAAACUACAGGAAGAGGUUAAUGGUUUCCUGACUACGAAAAUGGAAGAGGAUAAGGCUCUGGCAGCGAGUGCUGGGAUGAAAGCAGAUGAUCAGGCCGAGGAAGAGAAUUACGGGGAGGAGAAGGUGGAAGACGGCAGCUGA